AUGAAAAGAGGCGCCCUACAAAUAGAACCGGCUUAUGAAACCGCUGUUCGUCGAGUGAACGGCUAUGGAUCGCCGCACAGAGCUGCGUUUGACGUUCGCCUGAGGCGCGCGAGCAUGCAGGCCGUCACACUGGUGUGGCGCACAGGCGGCGGUGACGCAUCACGAAUCCAGCCAGGAUGCAUCAUGCUGGAGACGUGCAGGUCUUGA